GGCACUAGCAUCUUGCAACUUGAACGUAUUGACGGGCACAAAGGUUCACAAUCAGUGAUUCUGGCUAGUGCGCGCAAGUUCAAUCAUAGCAUGCCGUGCGACUCGGGCCUGCGGCCGCAGUUUAUACUUAGUACAUGCACACGCAGCAGCCCUAUCCCAGGUCGUCACGGUGACGUUCACUUACUCUGACCGGAACGCACGUUGUACUCGGAAUGACAGGCGAAGUUGUCGUUGUUACUGGUUGCACAAAAGGGGGCAUUGGACACGCACUGUGUGAAGAAUUUGCAGGGAAAGGCUGCAAAGUCUAUGCCACGGCCAGAAGAGUGGAAGCAAUAGGCGAUUUCAAAGACACGCAGAUCGUCCGGUUGAGGUUGGAUGUCACCUCGGAUGCAGACGUAGCAGAUGUGGUCAAGACGGUCUUGGAUCGCGAAGGCCGCAUAGACAUCGUUGUGAACAAUGCUGCCCGUCCUCACUCAGGCCCUCUGGCGGAGGUAUCGUUGCUCGAGGCCAAAAUAACGUUCGAUACCAAUAUAUUUGGUCCCUUGCGCUUGUCACAAGCUGCAUUUCCUCACAUGGCUACGAAGAAGAGCGGGAGGAUCGUGAACAUAGGCUCCAUCAUGGGCGAUACGCCGGCGCCCUGGGGAGGAGUGUACGGUGCCACAAAAGCAGCACUGGCCCGCAUAUCCGAGAUACUCUACAUGGAGGCUGCACCUUUCAACAUCCACGUCAUGCACAUUUCCCCGGGCGGCGUUAAGACCAACAUCGCCAUGCACGCGCUCGAUCAGCUCGACCUUCCCGAGAACAGCUUCUACAAACCCUGGCUUGCCUCGAUGACCAGGGCGAUCGCGCAUGCGGACGGGCCCCUAUCUCUCACUGCAGAGCGUUUCGCACAGAAGGUCGUGAGUGAGGUGUUGAAGCCAAACCCGCCGAGAUAUAUGACGUUGGGCGUGGGUGCGUGGCCGAGUGCGAUGAUCCAAUGGUUACCGAGAGGCGUUUUGUGCUGGUUGAUGUGGCAAUUGGUUGCGGGCGAAGGCUUGUCGUUUUUGUAUGGGCUAAUCAUGUUUCUGCGUCGUCUGCUAAGACUUGACUAGCGUGGCAAUACCUAGUAUCGCCAUUCACGUACCCUCAAGCUGUCUGCUGAUAGAAAGCAUAUCCAUGCCGGCUUGUUCACGAGGUCGUGCAAGGUUUGCUCAGGAAGAAUGGAAAACCACU